AUGGCCUCGUUCUCCCGCCUCGUGCGCUUCCUCGCCAAAGACGGCCGCGUCUACUACGGCGAUGCCAUCCUGGAACAAGGAUCCAACGUGGCCCGAUCAAGAAAGGCCCGCAUCAUCGACGGCGACGUCCUCGGCAAGCACCACGUCACAGACCGAGUCGCCGACAUCCGCCUCCUGCUGUCUCCCCUCGCGCCCUCUCUCGUCGGCACCGUGCGAUGCCUCGGGCUCAACUACGCAGACCAUGCCAGGGAGACGCGCAUGCCCGAGCCCAAAUUCCCCGUCCUCUUCUACAAGCCGCCCACCGCCCUGUCUGGCCCGAUGGACCCGAUCCCGGUGCAUGCCAUGGCGCAGGAGGGCGCCGGCCUCGACCACGAGUGCGAGCUGGUCGUCGUCAUGGGCAAAAAAUGCACAGACGUGGCCGAAUCCGAGGCUCUCGACUAUGUCCUCGGCUAUGCCGUCGGCAACGACGUGUCACACCGGGACUGGCAAAUCAAGCACGGCGGCGGGCAGUGGUCGCAUGGCAAGGGCUUUGACGGGUGGGCUCCGUACGGCCCGGCCAUUGUCACGGGCGACGUCAUCAAUGAUCCCCAGAAGCUUAAGAUCUGGACAAAAGUCAAUGGCGAGAAGCUCCAGGACGGGACCACGGCCGAGAUGAUCUUCGGCGUCAAAAAGACGAUUGCCUUUCUGAGCCGCGGCGUAACGCUCAUGCCGGGCGACCUCAUCUUCACGGGAACCCCUGCUGGAGUGGGCAUGGGCCGAAAGCCGCAAUCGUGGCUCAAAGACGGCGACAUCGUAGAGGUUGGCCUCGAGCACGUUGGGACUUGCACCAACAAGAUAGAGUUUUCGAGGCCAGAGUCGACAAAGUCGAAGAUGUGA